ACGAUCUAGCGCGAGCUGAACAAUAUUACGUCAUUCAAAAUGUCUGCGCCCUUGUCAUAAUAUAAUCUGAAUGCAGAAUUUUUGGAGGAUGUUGUAUUGAGGUGAUUUAAAGAAAGUAUCUGCAGUAUAGUUAGUAGCCUUCUCUCUAAAGCACCCUGUUGGGGACAACAUGGGGAGUAGUGCUAGUAGCAGCGCCAGUGGCAGCGAAAGUGAAGAAGAAAACAGCGAUUAUGAGACGCAAGUUUGUGAGAGCAAGCCUGUGCAAGUUGCUGUGCCUGUUGAAUCUGAUAAUCUUGGAGACAUCGACUUGAACCAACUUUUUGAUCAUGUGACUUUACGUGAGGCAGCCUCCAAAAUAAGAGAUGACGUCCCUGAGACAGUUGUCCAGCAGCAUCAUGGACACCUUGUACGAUGGUUGGAGGAGCGAUAUCAACGCAGCGAGGAAACCAUCUCUCUCACUCAGUUCUGUGAUGUACUCAUGAACAGAGGGAUUAGCAGGGAAGAAUGUACAAUAGCCUUUGAUCAGUUUGAUGUAGAUGGUGAAGGGCAGGCUUACGUAGAGUCGAUGUUAGAUGCUCUACGCUCAUCCAACGGUGCCAACCUUAGAGGAGAACUCUCCCAUGCUAUUAGGAUAUUAACUGCAUGCACACUCACUCCUGGUCUGAUAGAUGUAUUCUCUUCCGAAAGGGAGAGUGUUGGACAGCACGGGCAAAGAAUUCUCAAGUAUCUACUGAGGAAUCGUGCACCCAGCAGCGCUCUUCCCUACCCCUCCCUGGAUGGAUUCUCCCAUACUACUACCAUGAGGCUCUCCGUUCUUGAUCAACAUCUUCAAGAAAAACAGAGACAGUCGGCCUUCCGAGACAGUUUUGAGCUAGAAGGAGGCGGUGAGGUCAAGCUUACUACAAAGUGUUUCAAGAGCAUCCAAGUUUCUACCAAUCCAAGAGAGGCGUCAAGGUUGACCGAUGGUGACCCAAGCACGUAUUGGCAGUCCGAUGGCCCCGCCCACACCCAUUGGGUCCGGUUCAAGCUGCGACCGGGGGUGUGUCUAAAACACCUAUCCGUCCAGGUGGCUCGAGGUGACCAUAGCUACAUGCCUCAACAUGUCACUGUAUUGACAGGUCACUCACCGGUCUCGCUGCAAGAAGUCACUGAGGUCAGAAUACCAAGCCACAUCACUGGGGAUGUUCCUCUCCUAGAGAAUGCCAAAGUGAUCAGACCUUAUGUUCAGAUCAGCAUCAAACGUUGCCAAUUUGAAGGCUGUGAUGUCAGAGUGCACGGGAUACGAGCCCUAGGAUACAAAAUGGUGCAGAAAUCUGAAGUGAGUGUGAAAGAUGCCUCAGCCAUGUGGUACCUAUCUGUCCUGGCUUCCACGGCAAAUGCCGCUAUACCUAUUGCUCCUCAUCUACGCAGUGCUAUCCUUAACCAUACAAAAAUGGCCUUAUCCCACAUGCCUCCAUUGUCCCUGAUGCCGCAGCAGCUCUCUAAGGCAAGCUUCCUCAGCCCACAUGUCUUAGACCAGGUUGCAGAGUUCCUACAUAACAUAGCAAGAAAUGAGAGAGGAGAGUUGGAGAUGGAAGGACUCAAGAUACUGCUAGAGUUUGCUCUGGCAAGGGGUAAUCUGGCUAGUAUCCUCAAAGCACUACAAGAUCUACUAGAUCAUAAAAACAGUGAGAUUGAAGGAGCUGUUAAGAUGUUGAGGAAUCUGAACACAGUUAGGGACUCCAUCUUGAAGAAACAUGGUACCCAACUGACCAUGACCCUUGAGGGUUGUGAUGGCGGUCAGCAGGAUGAGUCCACAGCACCAAGCAAUGUCCUUUGUGGAAACUGGUCCGCUAAAGGAUAUGUGUCCAACACUCCGAAGGUCAACAUGUUCUUCACAAGAGAUACUCCAUUCCAGGUCACCAAAGUUCAAAUAAAGGUAGCUAAAGGAGCGACUGGACCAAAAUGUGGUUUGAUCUUCGUCUACAGUGAUCAGAAGGGCUUUGAUUUGAAGAGACAUCAGGCAAUAUUUGAGAAGUACGAUUCCUGGAAUUCAUCAGACUAUAAGAUCUUCCAAGGAUUGAGGGCUGCCUCCAUAUGUGGUAAACCUGAUAACCCAGUAGCUUACUUCAGCUUGGACAGUGACUGGGAUGAAGUGGAGGUGCCGCUUGACCAGUGCUUUGUAGGUCAGUAUGCACUCAUCAAGUUCCUUGGUCCGAGAAGUGACACGGCCACCAGACUGGGCAUUGUCGGUGUCCAGUUCUAUGGCUUUUCCCGCACUUCGUCUGUCCUUGACAACAUAGACAUUUCAAACGUUGCUCCUCUUCCAUAUGAUGUUGAUGCACCUAUCAAUACAAUGGUUCUCUUCACACAAGUCAUGAGCUUCAUUGUACGCAUCUGUCAAGAUCUGGAGGUAAUGAAGAAGAGAAAGGAAGGGACUCUCACACGAAUACCUGUACCAGACAUGCAACACCUAACUCUAAACAUCAUCAGUCAACUCUACAAUGCUAUUCCACAAGAUGAUAAUCGAUGGGUGUAUGCCAGGAUACUGUGCUUAAACCUGCUUCAUAUUAGUAUACCAAACCUAGCCAAGCUUAGGGAGAAGGAAACGGCCAAGGCUAGAAUACUUUCAAAUCUUCAACUUCAGGAUCAUCCAAAGCUUGGAGAAUUACAUCUUCAUGGUUCCCAGACGCAAGAGACUCAAUCUGACACCCAACCACCAACAGACACCCAGACAUCACAAGAUACACCUACCCAGGAAAUGCUCGCAAAUGUACCAUCUCAGGGAGAACCCUCAAGGGGUGAACAGCGAGGGGACGCCGCAGAAGGUCAGCAGACGGCACCAGUCCAGGAGUCGCAGAACACACAGCAUCAAGAAUCAAAUAGUGGCCAGACUCUGGAAACCAUACCCAGUUCCUCUACGCCUCCACCGAUGGCCAUACCGGGCACGUCCAGCCCAAUGUUGGAUUCCAAGGAAUUGGAUACGAGCCUGGACCAGCGACAAGCGAGGGAGCUGUUUAAUCAUCUGUGUCAGCUAGUGAGCUUUGAUGGAGGAGAUGGGUCGCAGGAUGAUCCUAGGAUGCUGUUGAAGGCAGCUGCUGAGGGAUGUAUUCUAGAUGGUGCCGCUGUGUUUUUCCCAGGGAAAGAAGCAAGGAGGGAGGAACUCUUCAAUAUGAUGAAUUCAAUGGUGACUGGGGAAGAUACAGCUGUUGGUCUUGUGUUCCAGUCGCUCUGUCGUUUCUUCAGUACUGUAGAUCCAAGUGGAUUGCUAGAACUUCCUUCAAGUUCUCAAGAGGAAUUCAACCAAGGUUCGGUUUUGAUGGUGUUUGAUACCCUCCUGUCAGCGUCCUAUAAAGAGUUUGUUGAGCUGAUAGAGGAUGGGGAGGAGGCAUCACCCCCUUCAGCACCCUCCCAUGUAUGCAGCCUGCUGUGUGCCCUUCAGACCAGUCUGCUAGGUUGGGCAAAGCACUGCCUUACUGACUCAAAGGGAGAUAGCAAGCUCAAGAAGACCGCUGGGGACGUUAUCAGAGAUUAUUGUGGAAUGCAGUGUUCUUGGACUCGGAAUGCACUCUGUUUGCUUCAAGGCCAGAAAGGAAUCAAUAACAGAUUCAAUGAUCUCAUCCACACCUUCAUUCCUACUGCAUUCAGGCAAAUGGUUCUGUGUGUUACAUUGUUGAGUGAAAUGGACCUGCCUUACCUACACCUAGCUCAGAGGCUGCUCAGCGUAGCUGUGGAGAUUAGACAACUAGAAACAAAACUUAACAUCCACUUCCCAAAGGAUGGCUCACCGGUCCAAUGCAGUGCCAAAGAAGAUGUAGUCAUCCUCAGGAAAUGGCACAUUGAAUCAGCUCAUAACUAUGACAACAACCAGCAUGUUACACAGAUCUUCACAUGCCCCGGUGCUGACCUCUUUGAAGUGACCUUUGACUCAAAGUGUGAAACAGAAAGAAGGUAUGACUAUUUGGAGUUCACAGACUCCAAGGGUGUGAAGACUCGUUAUGAUCAGAAAGUUGGCUCAGACAAAUGGCCGACGAGUGUCACCUUCAACAGUGGUCAACGUCUUCAGUUCCUCUUCCAUUCCGACAGCAGUAACAACUUCUGGGGAUAUAGCUUUGAUGUGAUAGCCAAGGGCAAGCCAGAUGUAUCAUUGCCGUGGUUAUAUGAUCUUCAGCUAGGAUUGGCGAAGCUCAUCGGAACCCUCUGCUCUCAGAUACUCUCUCUUAAAUCAGAGAGACAGAUGCGAGAGGAGAUAUGGGAGAGUGAUGAACAGAAGAGGAAGGCUCGGGAGGCCCUCUCAUCUCAAAACUUUUUCCAGACCUUAUUCAGAGGCGGUCACAACGUCGGCAAACCGCUCCGGUCACUCUCCGGCGAGAACAGCCUUGUUACCAUGGGCAGCAGAGUUCACAAAUUCCUGGUCCAGGUUGCCGAGGGAACCACCAAACCCACCCCAGAUACAUCCAUCGCCACGAACAACGAGGAUCAGCCAGGUAGCGACCCAGAGACGGAUGCUGAAGACAUCUUGGUGUCCAAGGCUGUGGAUACCUUCCUUGAGGAAUGCCAUGAGAAGGGACAGACCCCUAACAUGGGUGGACCAGUCAUUACUGGGACUGUCCAUGCUGUAUUUGCAGCGCUGCUGUGGCAUUCUGGUUCACUCAGGGAGUACAUAGAAAAAUAUGUUAACGAGGAUACAUCAGUACCGAUCACAGAUGACAUCCUUUAUGCCUUCCGAACAGCCGAAGGGCUCAGGCCAUUUCUGGCUAAUCUGAGACAGACGUAUGUGUACAGUGAGGAGAAAAAGGCCCCUAAUAACACACUUAAGGACAACUUCAAUCCUGAUGAACCUGUGAAUGUGUGCAGAGCCAAAGCAUCUUUUCUUCUGGAAUUUCCACCUGUAGUGAAACAAGAACGAAAGAAGAUCAACAAAAGUCUUCCACUGAGGAGUCUGUCGAAUGCAAGCACUACUGCAGACUUUGAAGGUUUUCAGGGUCCCGCUGAGGAAGAGACUAUUUUGAGGUACUACCCAGAAAUCAAGCUGGUCCUAGACUUCGUUAAGAACCCACACCUUGAUCACAUGAGGGUGAGGUCAAUCCUUCAGGUCAGGGAGCAGAGUGCCAAGGCUGUAUCAGAGGUUUACAAGCUAGCCAGUCAGUUCCUCUCGGCUCACAACAAACCACACAUAUUCCAGUCACAAUGCGUGCUCUUUCUGAAGGAUAUGCUCUUACAGAGACAGCUAGGGGCACCUCUUCCAAUACAUUAUGCAUCUCGUCUGGAAGGGUGUGGCCUGGAGUUAGAGGACAGAGUGAGGGCAGCAUAUUAUAACUUUGUGAAACAGCUUGUAGAUGCCGAGCCUUCAGAGUACCAAGCCUCACAGUCUGAUGAUGUAAAAGCUGCAUCUAGUUGCAUUCAGAACAUGCUCCUCCAUCUAAUGGAUGUAUCCUGGUCUCCUAGUGACUGGCAGUUUGUAGCUGACAUCAAAGCUCCAAGUCUUCUUAUCAAUGCAGCCAGAACGAGUGGGAACAUGACCCUUCGAGACAGCACUGCCGGUGAUAACCUGAGCUAUGCCCAGCAGCUGAAGGCAUAUAAGCAGUGCGAGGACUGGAUGAAGGAGUGUGAAGGAGACGAUUCCUUCAACACAUGGUUCUCAAAUAUCAGUAGGUUUCCAGACAAAGAGGACAGAAGGGCAAGGCACAUGUUUGUUGCUCGUUUCUGUGAUCGUCUAGACAUCCAAGUGGCGUGUGACGGGUGUAACGUACAGCUUCUCGGUCAGAGGUAUCGAUGUCUCGUCUGUGAAGACUUUGACUUCUGCUACAACUGCUGUCAAGGAGGUGCCAAACCAGAUGAGCAUGCCGACGAUCAUCCCCUGGUCCAUCUCAUGUAUAAAUGUGAUGGCUGUCAUGGGCUCAUCGUCGGAACCCGCUAUCACUGUAAUGUGUGUGAGGAUUUUGAUCUGUGUUACGGCUGUCAACACACAGGACAUUACCCUUCAAGCCACAAUGAGUUCCAUGAUUCUACUGAAAUAAUGAUGAGAGUGUUAUAUACAGGAAGUCAGUAUUCAGCUCAGCUGAACAAUUACACUCAUCUUCACUCCUGGCUACAGUUCACCUUCCUAACUCUGUCACUGGCUCAAGCUAUAUAUGAUCAACAAACGCAAGGAACAUUGACUUCGGCCCAAGAGACAGUCGGCAAAGAACUUCUGAAGAGCUGUGUGGAGUUAGCUAUGGAUGGCCUAGAGGUCACGUGCUCCUCUGAUGAUGAAAGUGGUGGUACUAUGAGCAUCCAUGAGAGAGUUUUUGCCGAGCAAUCACAGGAGAGGAUGCUGGGAUUGCUUGCUGCUAUGUUACCUGCCGACAAGGUUUCCAACAAGUCGUUCUCGACAGCUAUGGCUCUUUUCAGUGUGGACAAGUUCCUUCCUCUUCUCUUCACCAUAGCACAGAAAGGAAGUGGACACUAUGUACCCACACAGCAUCUUGCCAUGGGCCUCCUAGGGCAGCUUCUACCCAGCAUCUUGCCAGAGGUAUCUGAUCUGGCUUUGGAGUCGGUCACGCCACUGUCGACGCCCGAACCCCCUGAUUCAUGGGAGGAAAGGCUCGAAGAGCCCUCCAAAGAAGCGCAGUCUGACGGCAAGAAAGAAGAAAUAGACAAGGAAGAGAUCAGUACUAAAGAUGAGAAAGAUAGGGAAAAUACAAACACCAAAGAGGAUGGGGAGAAGGAAGGAAGGAAGGAUGAUGGAGGGACGGUAGGAGAGAAGGUGGUGGAUGAGAAGAAGAGUAUCGGGGAGAAAGGGAAGAGGGCGGGUAACCAGGAGGUUCAGAAGAGUAAGAAGAUUAAACUGACCAGAGACGAUUCUAUCGCAAGCUCUGACAUGGACGGCACAAGGACUAUCAAGUUUCUCUUCUCGUUCGGUGCUUCAUGCUUAGAAAAGAGUCGGCUUGAGUGGGCCGCAUUGCUACCUACAAUGCUUCAGAAGCUUUGUCGACAUCUAGGUUGGAAGGCCAGCAUCACUCAUCAAAUCAGCCACAGCAUAGAGAGACUACCGGAGGACUCCUCGCUUCGAUCAGUCUUUGCGCUGUUUGUUGUGGCUGGUUUCCCUGAAGUCCUUGGGCAUGGCAGUACAGCCAGCUAUCUUGACGGGAAUCGUGAGCUAACGGAUGUCCUUAUCCUCAAGCAUUUCUUUGAGAAAGGCAGAGUGUGUGUGGUAGACGUCAAGACUCGCAAGAUGAAGCAUGUUCCUGAAUACCAGUUGCAACUGAGUGGGUCAGGGGGUCAAGUCCUGGAUGGAGAGAGGUUCCUGGCUUUCACAGUCAUCGCUCGGAUCAUCAUGCUUCAGCUCAAAGAUGGUACAUGUGCCCAGCUAAGCGUUGAGAAUCUGUGGGUUCUUUAUCUUGUUCUCAAGGCUAAGCUUGCAAGUCUGAAGGUGAAUUACUCCCAGCUUUUGAAUAGUGACCUUCUACCGCUUCUUGUCCACCUUGCCGGUCAACCCACCAAGCUUAGUAAGAGAUGGCUUCUCAAAGACCUAGAGAUUUUAUCGAUCAAGUUGUACACUCGAGGCAAGGCGAAGACCAGUGGUAUCACCCAACUCCCUUCUGUCCCUCUGGGUAUGGGGACGGUGGUAGGACCGGAGCACAAGGAACCCCUUCCAGCCAAGCUCCCCCGCUCGAGGAACUCAUUCAGCUCCGAAAGUAGUGGCUCCAGCGAUCUUGGAGGCAAUGACGACCUAUUGAACUUGGAUAGUGAUAUCAGCACCGAAUCUGAUGACAGUGAAAGCUGGCACUCCUACCUGACAGCCGACUCCUUACCCCAAUCUCUACCCCUGGAAGAAUACGGGAUAGAUGUUGAUGAGGAAGGAGAAGAAGGGGUAGAGGACCAGGGAGAGGGGAACAACCCCGACCCCAUGGGAGGAUUAGACGAUAAGGCAAAGGCCUGUUUGCAGGCUACCCAUGAAGCCAUCUUAGCACCUGUGUCCGUAUUAAGAGCUAUGUUUGAGAAAUGCAACAAAAACAUCCAGGAUCUAGUAGAAGAAGUACAAAAAUGCUUUCAAGGUGAGGAGUUAGUUGUGAGUGAUGAGAUCAAACAGCUUGCCAAGCGAUGGGAACCCAAGCCAACCCCGGAGGCUCGAGAUCCUACCGAAUUCAAGACAAUAGACACAGGAGCACUCACAUACACACCUGUACCAUCAAUGCCAAGGGAGCAGGAUGAUAAUUAUGCUGUGCCGGAGCUGAGCCAACAUGCACCCAUCUUAGUGGCUAACAGUGAAGCUGAGCUCAGAGAGAGUUACAGAAAGCACCAGCGCACCAAGAGUGGGGAGCUUCUCAAGAAAGAGCUGGAGAAACACGGAAAAAGUGCAUCAAGAAACUACUUGCAUGUGAUCAACAAUGCUCUGGCGGUUAUGUGUGCCAGACAAGUCCUAGCUGCUCUGUUAGCCGAUUGGCCAGCUACUGGGGAUCAUGUGAUCAGUACUAAUACCUUUGGAUGUAAAGAACAUUCGCAGUUGGUCAGUAUUCUGGACCUGCUUCAGAGAGUCGAGGAGAAAGAUGUCUUCUUGAAGGUCGUUGAGAAUGUGGUCCACCAUUGCGAGGAUGGGCUACUAGCCCCACUGUGUCUUGCUGCUUGCUCCUUCAUGCAAGUGACUGUGAUGCUACCCAAAACACUGGAAUCUAAACACAACUAUGAAACCAACGUGACUGAGCAGGGCAGCAUCACUUUACCUGGAGCCACCCAUUUGAGCAUCAAGUUUGAUGAACGCUGUUGUACAGAGAGCUGCUGUGAUACUCUACAGAUAUCCUCCAAUUCAUCCUUCAAACACGAUGUACAUACGUUCUCCGGGCCCUACGGCAGCGCAAACUGGGUGGAUUUCGAUUUACCAGGUGACACUUUGUACUAUAAGUUUCACUCUGAUGAUGGUAGCUCAACUGAAUGGGGUUAUAAACUCACAGUAACAGGCAACAAAUUGGGAAGGUUUGAGACAGGUUAUGUGAUCCUCAACACAGUACUAGCUAACCCCAAGCUUGCUCAACAAGUUCCUCUUCAAGAAUUGUGGGAGUGGCUUGUACAGGUUGCUAGGAAACAGGUCGGCCAGAGCCGUCUCAAGGCUGUGCAACUACUGCUUCGCAUCCUUGCUAGUAUACCAUCACCAUGUGAUGAUCCAUCACACCCACCGGCAUCCUCAACAUCUUCAGUCGCUGACCCACCCCCACCUGCAGACCAGGACACAAUCAGUGAGGACCCGCCCCCUUCCUCCACCCCCGCCCCUAACCCUGCCCCAGCCAGACCACCGGUGGACUUGACGCGUCUCAAGCCCCUCUGGCUCCUGCUGGAUUCCAUGAACUGCAGGCUGAGUGCGGACUGCGCCCCGCAGAGCUUGGCAGCGGCCCACCGCGCCCUGAUGGAACUCUUCCUGAUGGUGGAGAACAUGGUCCAGGAGUGGGAUAUGGUGGAGGAGUAUGUCCUUGCCAUGAGCAACGAUGAUGCCAUCAAGAAAGCUAUCAUCCAGGGUGCGACUAACAUCAAGUGCAUUCAGCUUGCGCUGGACAAGAGUAGCAGCGCAGAAGUUGAGGAGCCUGUCACAAGAACCGAUGCAACAACUACAAAUGGUGAGAAUGUGAACAAUAGCAACCAGACAGCGAGACUAGAAAUUGAAGACGUUCCACCGAUGAAUCCUGUUCUCUUUUCCCAGCUCUUCAGAUAACAGAGGGUCCUUCUAGUAGUCUUUCUCCUCUUCUUCCCGUUGCUUGUGAAGCCUCCAUAUGCCUUGUGGAGGAUAGUAUUAGGUAGAACAGCUUUGAUAAAGAAAGUGUAAGGUUGCUUGAACCAGGAGACUCAUGGCUUCUCAUCCUGUCAGAGAGAUUCAAAUUGAAGAUUGAUGUCAUUGCCCAAGACCACAUACUGAAGUUAUUAGUUUGUGGAGGAUAGUAUCGGACAGAAUAGCUUUCCAUGUGCCAUAAGAUUGGUCAGAUGAUGCAUUUUGCCUUAUUGCUGAUAAAAACAAGCAUGUUCAAAAGAACCAGGGGACCUAUGGAUCGCAAUCCUAUCAGAAGGAUUCAAAAUGAAGAUCGAUGCCGUUGCCCAAGACCACCUACUAAAGUACAUGUAACUGGUUUGUUAAGGAUAGUAUUAGAGCAAUUUUUCAUUUGACAUAUGAAUGGUUAGAAAGUGCAUUGUGCUCCAUUGCUGAAAAAAAAUCAGUGUAAGCUUGCUAAUGUUCAGAACAAACCAGGGGACUUAUGGCUUGUAAUCCUGUCAGAGGGAUUCAAAAUGAAGAUCGACGCCAUUGUCCAAGACCACCUACCAGCUGACUUUGAAUGUAUGGCAGGCCAUGAAACCAAUGCUGUCUCGCCGUGGGAUUUCACCAAGUGUUAUUGUGAUUAUUUGCAAAGUAUGACAAAAAUACACUAGAAAGUCAAAAAGGGGCCUAAGCUUUCGAUCCUAGCAGAAUCUUCGUCGGAGGCAAAAUACACUGUAAUAAUUACCCAACUGACUGUUAUUAUCAUUAAGGGCUUGGUGAGUUCACGUAAUACCACGUUCAAAGCUUUGUCUCUAAUGCGCUGGGUAGUAAUCUACCAAUGUAUGAAAGGCAUUGAUCUAUCAAGUUUUCAACUUGUGAAAGGCAUUGAUCUAUCAAGUUUUCAACUUUUUAUGUAUCAUAUAUAUUGUUGAUAUAUAUAUGAUUUAAAGUUGUUGUACAUGUAGGUGCAGCAAAGCGACAAAGUAUGGUGCUCCUUCAGUAUGUGUAACACUAAAUUAUUGACUAGAAUGACUUUUCUUUCUUGAAAUCAAUUAUGUUGGCUUCUUUGCGGCAAAGGGCAAUGCAACGUGAUAUAACAUGUUUCAAAGUAAACAAUGUGCAAGACAGUUAUUUGCAAUCACCUUUUGUAUUCAGUAAAAUAUAGUCUUCAUUGUGUAUAUCAAGCUCUUGGUUUCCAAAAUAUACAACAUGUCAAUUUUUUAAUGAAAAUUUGAGUCUUUGAUACCAGGCUAAAAAGGUUGAUUUAUUAGAAAACAUGAUUCCUAUAAUCCUUUUUCUAUAGAUGCCUACAGGAACAAAAUAUAUCGUUAGCAAAUGUGGUUUUCCUUAAAGUAACAUUCAUGGCUGUAAUACCUUUUAGAACCAAUGUCUAAAUAUUUUCAAGAAACAACAUUAUAUGCAUAUUAGUUUGCAUGAUAAGUACUGCAUAAAGGACUCAACUGUCCUCAUCCAUAAAUGAUACAGAACAGGCACAAUUACUAAUGUGAUGAUCAACUGGUAGUAGCACUGUUAACAAUAUCAAUGCAUGUUUAUUUAUUUUUACCUGGAAUUUGUCUCUCUAUUUAGUUCUUUAAUCGAUGCAGUCAUGAGAGAGCUUUUAAAGGUUAAUAUGUCAUUUAAAUUGAAGAGAGAAAUAUACAAAAAUGACAAACUGAGAUAAUAUUACUUCUUGAGAUUAUGAAUUCAGUCAAACUUACUAAGAGAUGUCUGGAAGUUUUG